AUGUUUCGUAUUCCGGCUCUGCACCUCAUCAAUCGUACGGUGGUGCCGAAUGGAUGGGCAGCACGGUUGAUUUCAACCGGUGCGCCUGCUUACAACUCAACCGAUGGCUACCGUCCACCAACACCGAUGAUUGACCUAGAAGACAAAUCCCUCCCAAUUCCGGAGUACAAAGAGAAGAAAAAUGAACCACUACAGCUGCAAAAGUCUCGCCUACUUUACCAAUCCCGCAAGCGUGGUAUGCUCGAGAACGGUCUGCUGCUGAGCACCUUUGCCGCCAAGUAUCUUGCCGCAAUGGAUCCCGCACAAACGAAGCUGUACGAUCGGCUCAUUAAUCUUCCCUCGAACGAUUGGGACAUUUUCUACUGGGCCACGGGCGUAAAACCGACUCCGAAAGAAUACGACAACGAGGUGAUGAACAUGCUGAAAGCGCACGUCAAAAACAACGAUCGUGAGCAACGAUUUACACAGCCAGAUCUGUACGCCAAAGCCUAAC